AUGGCGCCGGAAACUAAAAAGCAAUCUGUGUUCCCAACGGACACGGAGGAAGUGAAGAUCAUUUUCAACCGUUUCGACACCAAUGGCGACGGUAGAAUCUCAGAGGAGGAGCUAAUCGGCGUCCUGAAGUCAUUCGGAUCCGAUACAUCUCCGGACGAGGUGAAGCGAAUAAUGGCUGAAAUUGAUACCGACUCCGACGGCUCCAUUAGCCUCGAUGAGUUCGUGGGAUUCUGCAAAGGACUCGCCGGAGAAUCUGAAAUCGACGACCUCAGGGAAACGUUCAAGCUCUACGAUCAAGACAGCAACGGAAAGAUCUCCGCGUCGGAAUUGCAUCAGAUCUUGUGUAAAUUGGGGGAGAACUACACCGUUGAAAGUUGUGCGAAUAUGAUUAAGUCGGUUGAUGCUGAUGGGGAUGGUUUCGUCGAUUUUGAAGAAUUCAAGAAGAUGAUGUCGAAGAAUUAA